AUGAACGAGAACGCCCCACCAAAAACCCACCAAGACGGCCGACAGCCUAUAAGCUUCGCCAUCAAUGCAACCCUGGUACGCCUUCCCUACCUAAUCGACUACCUUCCUCACCUCAAACCUCAAGCAACCCCAUUAGAAUCCAACCACUUUUACCACCCUUCCGACGAAUUCUACCUCUCCCACUCUGACGUCAUCAUCCGCCGGACUAUCUACGACCUCUCCACCACCUCCCUCUCCUCCUCCCCUCACUUAUCCUACCCUCGUGCUGGACCCCGCAAACAGAUAUUCUACCAACCAGAAAAUGUCAGAGCCGCCAUUGUUACUUGCGGAGGCCUCUGCCCCGGCCUUAACACUGUCAUCCGGGAGCUGGUUGUCGGGUUGUCGGAGCAAUAUGGAGUCCCGGAGAUCUUCGGAAUCAAGGCGGGUUACCGUGGGUUUUAUUCCAUGGAUCCUGUUAAGCUUGAUGUGAAGAUGGUUGAUAACUGGCACAAAAGAGGAGGCACUGUACUCGAGACCUCUAGAGGUGGUUUUGAUCUUCACAAGAUCGUCAAUGCCAUUGAAGAACAUGGAUAUAAUCAGGUGUACAUAAUUGGUGGAGAUGGAACUCUACGUGGAGCCGUGAAGAUAUUCAACGAAAUCCUUCGCCGGAAACUCCACAUCGGCGUCGCCGCCAUCCCCAAAACAGUCGAUAACGACGUGGGAAUUAUCGACAGAUCAUUCGGGUUCCAAACAGCCGUCGAAAAGGCCCAACAAGCAAUCAGCGCAGCUCACGUGGAGGCCGAAAGUGCACCCAACGGCAUCGGCCUUGUCAAACUCAUGGGUCGAACCACCGGCCACAUCGCCCUCAAUGCAACCCUAAGCAGCCGAGACGUAGACUGUUGCUUAAUCCCGGAAAACCCAUUUUACUUAGAAGGCAAAGGAGGUCUGUUCGAGUUUCUUGACGACCGGUUAGCACAAAAUGGCCACGCGGUGGUGGUGGUGGCGGAAGGGGCUGGGCAAGAUAUGAUUCCGAGAACUGACGCCGCCUCCCAGAAGGAUGAAUCCGGGAAUCCGGUGUUUUUGGAUGUCGGAGUAUGGUUGAAAGGGGAGUUGAAGCGGUGGUGGGAGAGGGAUCAUAAGGGUGAGUUGUUUACAGUGAAGUAUAUUGAUCCGACGUAUAUGAUUCGGGCUGUUACUGCUAAUGCUACUGAUAAUUUGUAUUGUACGCUUUUGGCACACUCGGCGAUUCAUGGUGUAAUGGCGGGGUAUACGGGGUUUGUGGCGGGUCCGAUUAAUGGGAAUUAUGCGUAUAUUCCGAUGGAUGAGAUUGCGGUGACGAAGAAUGAAGUGAAUACGAAGGAUCAUAAAUGGGCCUGGGUUAGAUCUGUCACAACUCAACCGGAUUUUGUGAGGAGUUGA